GGUUUUGUGCUUUUCAGGUCCGACAUCCACGAGCCGCUCCAGAGGGCCGAAAAGAAAAAUCUCCCUCUAGGGCUUUUCUCUUUUAUCUCCCUUUCAGUCUCUGUCUCUUGCUAUUCGCUCCUACCCUCAAUGGCGGAUUCCACGACGGAAGCAGCAGCACCGGCGCCGGCGGAGGAGAUCGCUCGGGACGCCGACCCUUCCUCUCCCUCGGCCGAUCCUUCCGACGGUGCCGAUGGGCCCACAGCCGACGAGGACGCUGCGCCAACGGAGGCUGCCACCGCCAACACCACUACGACGGUGGCGGAGAAGAGGUGGCCCUCGUGGCCCGGCGACAGUGUCUUCCGCCUCAUCGUUCCCGUGAGCAAGGUGGGAAGCAUCAUCGGUCGCAAAGGCGAGCUCAUCAAGAAGAUGUGCGAGGACUCCAGAGCUCGUAUUCGCAUCCUUGAAGGCCCCCUCGGCUCCUCCGACCGCAUUGUCCUGGUAUAUGGAAAGGAAGAGCCAGAUGCUAAAAUGUCUCCUGCUAUGGAUGCUGCUCUACGAGUUUUCAAGCGUGUUACUGGACUUACAGAUGGUGAAGGUGAUGGUACGAGUUCAGUAGCAUCACUGCCUUGUUCAUUUCGUAUGUUGAUUGCUUCGUCGCAAGCUAUUAGUUUGAUAGGAAAGCAGGGCACUUUAAUAAAGUCCAUACAAGAGAACAGUGGUGCCCACAUGCGUGUUUUAUCUGCAGAGGAGACUCCAUCUUAUGCUACAUCAGAUGAGAGAGUUCUUGACAUACAAGGAGAAACCAUGCAGGUCUAUAAAGCCCUGGAAGCAUCUGUUGGACAUCUUCGCAAAUUUUUGGUUGACCGUAGUGUCAUCCCUUUGUUUGAGAAAAAUUAUAAUGCACCAAGCACUCAUGAUCACCUAGUAGACACUUGGGCUGAUAAAACACAAGGUGUUCAACAUGCAACUGCACAAAUUGGAGCAGGAGCAGACUACGCUCUUUCAUUGAAGAGGGAUUCCUUAUAUCUUGAUCGUGAAAGCCAGUUGGAUUCACAGGUUUCACUAUCUGGUUUGUCAGCAUAUGGUCAAGAUCCUACACUUGGUGGUCUGCGGUCUUCAACAUUAGGACGCACAGCUGCUGCUAUGGUUACACAGGUGACACAGACGAUGCAGAUUCCUCUUUAUUAUGCCGAGGACAUUAUUGGUGUGGCAGGAGCAAACAUUGCAUACAUACGUAGUACCAGUGGUGCUAUACUUACUGUCCAGGAAAGCAGGGGUAUGUCAGAUGAGAUAACUGUUGAGAUUAAAGGUAGUGCUUCCCAGGUUCAGACAGCCCAAACUCUGAUUCAAGACUUUAUGGCUGGUCACAAGGAACCAAGGGUGGGGAGCUUCAGUAAGCUUGAUUCUGGUUUAAGGUCUUAUUCUCAGUAUGGCAACUCAUCUUACCCUUCAUCAUCCUUGCCUUCUCAGUCUCUUGGCGGAUACAGGUCAUCCGGGGUUGGGUACAGCAGCUAUAGGCUUUGAAGGGCACAAACGCUUAGUUUUCAAAUUUCUCUGCAUUUUCUUAUUUGCCAUUGCCUCUUCUGUACUAAAACGUUCUUCUACUUGUAUGUAAAAUGUCAGCUGAGGCGCUUCUACUAGGUACUUUUGCGACCCUUGUGUCACCGAACUGUUAGUCCAAACAAACGUGUUUUAUACAGCAUUUCUUUUGGUUUGGUAGAUGAAGAUAUGAUAUUGCAUUUGAGAUUCUUCCCUUUUC